GUAGAGCUCUUCUUCACGCAGCGGACGACGCCAAUGUUUCGACCUCCAGAGCUGGCGGAUCCGGAUUUGUUGCGCUUCCCGAUCACCACCCAGGCUGAUUUGUUCAUGCUGGGCUUGUGCCUUUUCCAGAUGCUUUUCCGCGUGCACGCGUUCCCAUUGGAGGGCCAGCUCGCGAACAUUCAUGCGAGGUACUCAUUGCCGGCUUCGGCACAUUCUGCGUAUUCAAAGGAGCAGCUGGCCACCCUGGAGUCGUUGUUGCGCCAAGACCCUCGUCAACGUCCAACAGCACAAGAACUUGCGCUGACGGGCUUCUUGCAGUGCAGCUCUGAGGCAUGA